GCCCGGAGGCGGGACUUAGCGUGACUGCCUGAAAGGCAACAUUGCCUGAGUCGCCAUUGAGAGCGAGCUCGGAUAUUUGCUAUAGUAGGGAUUAUCCGUUGACUGCUAACCAGAGUUUACUAUUACUGAGACGAGGAGAAAAGGACAACACUACAUACCACGGCUUCAGGGCAAAUAAACGUAUUUGAUAGGUUUAGAUUGAUCGCUCAUGAUGAUCGGGUCAUAUUAAAUGAAUGAUAGGGAUUUAGUCAUCCUUUUUAAAAGGGCGGAAGUCUGGUUAAAGUCAUUAAGGGCAGAAAGCAGGGUAUAGAAAAGAUUUCAACAUUUAGACAACAAGGAGUUUGGAAAGGAGAUGGGGAAUUGUCUGAAAUCUCCCACUUCGGAUGAUAUCUCCUUGCUCCACGAAUCACAGUCAGACAGGGCCAGUUUCGGUGACGCCAACGAUCCGGAUCAGGAGCCACCACCUCCAUAUCAGGAGCAGAUCCACGUGCCUGUUUAUCACCCCACUCCCAGCCAGGCCCGGCUGGCAACCCAACUGACCGAAGAGGAGCAGGUGCGGAUCGCUCAAAGGAUCGGCCUCAUCCAGCAUCUUCCCAAAGGUGUCUAUGAUCCAGGCAGUGACGGCACUGAGAAGAAGAUUCGAGAGUGUGUGAUCUGCAUGAUGGACUUUGUGUAUGGAGACCCCAUCCGGUUCCUCCCCUGCAUGCACAUCUACCACCUGGACUGCAUAGAUGACUGGCUGAUGAGGUCCUUCACGUGUCCCUCCUGUAUGGAGCCUGUAGAUGCUGCCUUGCUCUCGUCUUACGAAACUAACUGACUGCUGCCUGCACUGAUCCCCGCCCCACAUACACACACACACACACACACACACAAAACCCUUGAGUCCUGUCCUCACAUGACCCCUUUGCAUAAAGAGACGAACUGUCCACUAGACUGCGGCAUGGGAUGGUGUUCCUGUGGCAUCGUGGGAUAAAGGAGGCAACAGUGAUAAUUAAACCUCUCCUGCAUGGUCCUGCUGGACAGGGAAAUCUGCAGGAGCCCUUUUGCACCCUCA